AUGAAGACUGCCGUAGUGAUCGUUGGACUUUUCCUGGUCCUUUGCGAAGGACGAAUUGAAGCAUUUCGGAGGCCCAUCCAGAAUCGUGAACCACAGGAUGGAUAUUUUUCCGAUGAUUAUAAUGAUGUGACACAGGAAGAUGACACUAAUGAAGAUGAGAUCAGAGAAAGCCCUAGAAGAGUUAGUGAAUAUGAAUCGGCGUACGGCUACACGAAGCCCCAGAAGAAAAGAUACGAUGGUGAAGGAAACUAUGAACCUAGAAAGUCCAAGUAUACAAGUGGUAGAAGCCGUGGAAAAUAUUCAGUUUUUGGAAGUACUUCGCUAAGGAACAAUGGUCGCGAACAAAUUACUAAAAGGAACACUUAUGAAGCAGAAAUUAGAGACAGGAAAAAGGAAUAUCGAUCUAUUCCAAAGUACGAAUCACCUUAUCAGUCUUACCCUCCAUCCCCCUACAAACCUCCACAGCAUUACUCUCAUCCAUCGUACAAUCCACCACCUCAGUCAUCUCCAAGUUACAAACCCGUGAUGCCAAAAUCAAGCUGCCAACAAAAUCUUCUCAUCGGAUGUAGUCCUACGGUCACCAAAGUUCCCUGUGGACACCAGCACCAUUCCGUCGGUUUAGACUACCCUCCGCCCCCGUACCAAGCCCCAAUCGCAUCAGUGCCCGCGACACCUUACCUGCCAUCGGUCGCAGCAGUUCCCGUAACACCAUACAAACCACACCAGCCCACAGGAGCCUACCAGCACAGUCACGUAUCCAGCAACCGUCAAUCACAGCCUUCGUUGUCGGCACCGGUGAUAGAGGACAUACAGGAAACUCCUAAGCGACCGUUCAUUUCGGCUUUCCCAACAACUACGAUUCGUUCAGCACAACUUCCUACCGUGGCGGCAGAUCAAGACCAGAACUUCCGGUUCGCCGAACGGUCCACCAAUCCUCCGCCUUCCACAACUGCCAUCGAGGAUGCAUCUGGUGACGAACCUGAGCCUGCGUCUACCCCAGCCGACAAACCUACCAGUGCCACGCAGCUACCGACGGACUCCGGCCAAGGACCGAUUUCAGAUUUUGGUGACGAAUUGGAGGACUAG